UUUACUCAGAUAGCUAUAACAACAUUGAUUCAAUCAACAAAUCAAUCAAACAAUCAACUAAUGUAUACAAAAAUAUUAUUGUAUUUUUCCAUUUAUUUAGCUCUAAUUUUAGCCAUCAUUCAGGCCAAAAAUGAUACUAAUACUAAUAUUAGAAAUUUUUCAAUUUGUGGAGGAUGGCAACCUUUGAAUGCUGAUGAUCCAAUGUUAAGAAGAACAUUGGUAGAAGUUGAACCACAAAUAAGUGAACAAAUAAAUUCAACACAUCUUUUUCGAAUUCAAAUUCCAAUAAAAGCUCAAUAUCAACUUGUUGCCGGCACUUUAUAUGAUACAACAUUAGCAAUGGGUGGAACUAAUUGCACAAAAUCGGAUAUCGACAAUAUUUUAAAUUGUAAGUUUUUGGAAGGCAUUAAGUUUAUUGAAUGUUAUGCCUUGAUUUGGAUUCAACCUUGGGUUAGUUUUUAUCGUUUAAUGGAAUUACAUUGUGACAAUACGACAGAUUUGACAACAAAGUAAAUAACAAUCGUCUUUCCAAUUUUGUGUGUUUUA